GCGAUCGUCACUCUGUCCGCUACCACCACGACCCAUUACUUGCACCUCUCCUCCUCAUUCCACACUCUCUUGAAACCAUUCAAUCUCGCCUACCAUGAGAUCUAAAUUCAAAGACGAACACCCAUUCGAGAAACGCAAGGCAGAAGCAGAGCGUAUUCGACAGAAAUACCCCGAUCGUAUCCCGGUCAUCUGUGAGAAGGCGGAUAAAACCGACAUCCCCACAAUUGACAAGAAGAAAUAUCUUGUCCCUUCUGACUUGACCGUGGGCCAAUUUGUUUAUGUUAUUCGGAAACGUAUCAAACUGGCACCUGAGAAGGCGAUAUUUAUCUUCGUCGACGAGGUCUUACCGCCGACAGCGGCACUGAUGAGCGCUAUAUAUGAGGAGCACAAGGACGAAGACAACUUCCUUUACGUCAGCUACUCCGGCGAAAACACUUUCGGUUCUGAAAGUUGGACCUCGGAGAUAUGAUGGCAGGAGGCGUAUUUGUACUGAUUUUUAGCAUUCUACUUUGAUGGACGGACACCUAGAAUUACGAGAACUUGGGUGUGAUUCUUUAAUAUCUUUGCAUCCAUUGCAUCCAUGCGAUGGAUUCUUUGCAAGUAAAUGGCUUUAACUUUCUCCCCACCCUGUAUCUUAAUCCUCUUCUUUCUCUUUCGAAUUCAAUGUAUGAAUGGCUAUUGAUAUUCACACGACGUUCUGCGAAC